AUGCUAAUCCCAUCUUAUCAAUCUUUCGUCGAAUCUCGAGCUCGUACGAAUCCUUGUAUUUCUCGUCUCUCAGACUACUUACAACAUGAAUGUCUGGGUGAAAGUAAGAUCACAUACCUAGAUUAUACAACUACGGUUUCGGCCCCCGAGCGUAUCGAUGUACCGGAGAAUGAGCUUUCCCAGCUUAUAAAGACUGCACCAUCAGGCUCAACAAGAUUUGUGUUUGUGGAGAACAUCUCACCCGGCAUCAUCAUAUCUCUUGGUGAGAGACUGGACAUUGAUCCUUUGUUCUUCGCCGACUAUAUCCAUGUUGGUUUUGAGAACCCAGAGGAAUCGUCACCGCCACCUUCACUUGCGACCCUGCCGUCUGUCAUAGCCACGAGAGAUCAUAUUCAUCUCCACUGUCAGAAGGUAAUCGCACUGGAGGGAACAGAUGAGGAGUUGACACAUGUGCCAUAUGCUCUAAAGACCGAGUCUAAUGUUCCUCGAAAUGUGCGGCGGUUGGUCACUCUUCCUGGUGGACGGUUGGCAUUGUCCCAAACUUGCUGCUCUUUCAUCAUAAGGACUGUUGGAGACAUACGUAUCUGUCUCUUCCUCGUUGACCCUCCGGUCACAUCCGUUAUCCAAUCGCUUGACGGUGGCCAGGUAUCAAAGUACCAAGCCAGUGUUUCGCAUGGGGGGUUCGAAGAUUUCCGAGCACCGCAGACUUUUUCAUCUUUCAGAAAGUCACCAUCUAGUGAUACUUGGGAUAAGACCUCCAUGAUGGAAAACAUCGUACACUACAUGCGGGUGAGCCCACCGCCAGGCCUUGACUUCAAAUCGCCAAGUAUCCUCGGCAUUGGAUACUACCCCAUCUACAUCACCCUAUCGGAGUGGAAUAUAUACACUUACCUGACUAGCCGUUGCUCGAAGUACUAUGAGUAUUCCGAUCAAGUCAAAACAGGCCGAAUGCAUGAUGAAGUUCUGGUUGACCUCCAGCGAUGGAGAAGGCGCAGUAAGAGCAGCCACCAAAAGCUGAACAUUCUUGGAGAAGUCAUUAGCUCCCAUAUCCAGCGCGGAGAUGACAUGGAGGUAUGGAGUGGUGUCCUCAAGGACAUUAACUCACUUCGCGACCAACUCCACGACUACAGCCAAUCUCUAGAGCAGAUGGUUAUGGUAGCGACGUCACUUGUCCAGCUCCUUGACUCUCGACGGUCAAUCUUGGAAGCUAUAAAUACAAAGCGUCUGACUUUCCUGGCACUCGUAUUUGUGCCUUUGGCAUGGGUUUCUAGCCUUUUCAGUAUGUCUGAUGCCUACUCACCUGGCCAUGAGCUCUUCUGGGUCUACUUUGCUACGGCUUUGCCGGUACUCGCUGUUGUACUCUUGCUUUCAGCACUUCCCUAUGGGAAGAUUACGAUAGCUGCGAGGUCAUAUAAGGCGCGAGUCAGAAACCAUGGAACGAGAGUUCUAGGAGAGCUUGUUUAA